GACGAGACGUGGGCACGCUAUUUGCCUGUCAUUGAACCUUUCUUACACAUCCACUCCCUUUAUUAUAGAUAAGUGUUUCAAUUCUUCUAAUGUUUUAGUAAAAGAUAUUUCAUACCACAACACACAACUCUGCUAGCAUAGCAAUGGCUCAAACCAUGUUGCUCAUGUCUAGUGUCUCUAGUACCUAUUCCGUCGAUUUGAAGAAAGACCCUUUGCUCCAAUUACAGUGUCAAAGAUUGAGGCCUAAAUUCUCUGAUAUUUCUUUCAACCCACUUAAUUCUAAUUCUAAGUCUUUUUCGUCACGCACAUUCACAACUCUCGCUCUCUUUAAAUCAAAGGCCAAAGCCCCUCCUAAGGUUGUAAAGCCAAAACCAAAGGUUGAAGAUGGUGUGUUUGGAACUUCUGGAGGAUUUGGUUUCACUAAGCAGAACGAACUCUUUGUGGGUCGUGUUGCUAUGAUCGGUUUUGCAGCAUCAAUAUUGGGAGAAGCAGUAACUGGGAAAGGAAUUCUAGCACAAUUGAAUCUGGAAACUGGAAUUCCAAUUUAUGAAGCUGAGCCACUUCUUCUAUUUUUCAUUAUUUUCACAUUGCUAGGAGCCAUUGGUGCUCUAGGUGAUCGUGGUAAAUUUGUUGAUGAUGAGCCUAAUACUGGAGGUGUUAUUCCUCCCGGUAAAGGCUUUAGAUCAGCUCUUGGUCUCAGUGAAGGAGGUCCUUUAUUUGGAUUCACAAAAUCGAACGAGUUGUUUGUUGGAAGAUUGGCUCAAUUGGGAUUUGCUUUCUCUUUGAUUGGAGAAAUUAUUACUGGAAAGGGAGCUCUAGCACAACUCAACAUUGAGACAGGGGUACCAAUCAAUGAAAUUGAACCAUUAGUGUUGUUCAAUGUUGCUUUCUUCUUCGUUGCUGCUUUGAAUCCUGGAACUGGCCAAUUUGUAAAAGAUGAAGACGAUGAUUAGAUUAGAAUAUACUAACCACUUUCUUUGUACUUAAAACAAAACUUCUUCUAGUAUGUUUUUUCAUCUAUCAUUAAUGCAUUCAGUUCAUCAUCUCUAA